AUGAAUUUAAAUAAUAAUAGUAAUAAUGGGAGCAGUUACAACAAUAGGAGUAAUAACAACAUCAUAUUAAGUGACAAAUAUAUAAAUUUAAAUAUUUUAAAAAAGGGAGAAGAGCUAAAUGAUCAAGAGAAACUAUUCUUAAAAGUUCAUACUUACCUAAAUGAAGGAAUUAUUCCUAAAUGUAUUGGAAUGGGUAUUGGUGGUGGAUUUGUAGGUAUUUUAAUUGGUGCAUUCUUUUUUAGUAUGCAGCCAAGUAAUAUAGAUUAUACUUUAAGUUAUAAAGAACAACUGAAGGAGCAAUUUUGUUUGUUUAAACAGUCAAUAAAAAAUAGUUGUGUCAAUUUUGCUAAAAUAGGAUUUUUAUUUUCAUUUUAUGAGAAUUCUUUACAAAAAAUGAGAGCAGCAAAUGAUAUAACGAAUACGCUAUAUUCAGGUUGCUUAACAGGUGCUACUAUAUCUUAUAAAAAAGGGUUACCUUCGAUGAUUAGUGGAUGCGCUAGUUUUGCAGCUUUUUCCGCUGUUAUUGAAAAGUUGCAAAAGUCAAAAAAAUUUUAA